CCUCCGGAAAGAGCCGAGGUGGAGGUGGGUCCGUCCCCGAUCCCCUUCCCCCCCACUCCCUUAGCAACCAGCCCCUGCAGAGGGUGAUAACCGGUUAACCUGUGGAUUAAUCGGGUUUAAGUGGCCUCCGUGUUUUAACCAGUCGGUGUUGGUGACAGGUUAAAGACAUGGCCAGUGGGACGAGCUUGUCUGGGGUCAAUGUGGUGCUGGUCAUGGCCUAUGGCAGCCUGGUGUUUGUGCUGCUGUUUAUCUUUGUCAAGCGCCAGAUUAUGAGGUUUGCCAUGAAGUCCCGGCGAGGGCCUCAUGCCCCCAUUGGACACAGCGCACCCAAGGAUCUGAGAGAGGAAAUCGAUAGGAGUCUCCUGAAGGUUCAGGAUCUCGACUACGAACCUCAGCUCCUCGAUGAGGGAGACGCCCGCUUGCUGCAGCUCCAGGAGACGGGAAACCAAGGACCCUACAACUACCUGUACCGGAUGAAGGCUCUGGACGCCAUCAGGCAUGUGGAUCUCCCCACUGGCGAGGGCACCGAUUUCGUCAAAUACCUGACCGGGAAGAGUUUCCGGAACUUUCUGAUGGAGCUGCGGGAGGGCAACACGCCGUUCAGAGGGGUCCGUAAGAAUCUCAUCGACAAGCUCAUCGAUGGCUACGAGUCGGCACGUCACGGCACGGCGUUCUUUGGGAAGGUGGAGUAUCUGAAGUAUCAGCACGCUGUCAAUGAGCUGACCACUAUCCUUCAAUCCCGGAACAGCAGAGGCCCCGCUCACCACCAGGCUGCAGCGAAAGAGCUGACCCAUUCCCCCGAGAGCACCUCCCCCAGCACCAUCCAAGUCACCUACCUGCCCUCCAACCAGAAGAGCAAGAGGCCCAAACACUUCCUGGAGCUGAAGAGCUUCAAAGACAACUACAACACGUUGGAGAGCACGCUGUGAGGGGGCACAGUCCGAUCCCACACCGCCAACGCAGGCCGGAGAGCACAUCGGGAGGGGGCACAGUCCGAUCCCACCGUUAACACAGUGAGGGGGGAGCAGACUGAUCCCACCACCAACACAGGCCAGAGAGCACGCUGUGAGGGGGCACAGUCCGAUCCCACCCCCACCGCCAACGCAGGCUGUGAGGGGGCACAGUCCGAUCCCACCCCCCCUCACCGUCAACGCAGGCCGGAGAGCAGGCUGUGAGGGGGCUCAGUCCGAUCCCACCCCCCCUCACCGUCAACACAGGCCAGAGAGCAGGCUGUGAGGGGGCACAGUCCGAUCCCACCGCCAACACAGAGUGAGGGGGGAGCAGACUGAUCCCACCACCAACACAUUAGAGAGCACACCGUGAGGGGGCACAGUCCGAUCCCACACCCCCACCGCCAACACAGGCCGGAGAGCACACAGUGAGGGGGCACAGUCUCAUCCCCCCCCCCCACCAACACAGGCCGGAGAGCGCACAGUGAGGGGGCACAGUCUCAUCCCACCCACCCCCACCAACACAGGCCGGAGAGCGCACAGUGAGGGGGCACAGUCCCAUCCCACCCACCCCCACCAACACAGGCCGGAGAGCGCACAGUGAGGGGGCACAGUCCCAUCCCACCCACCCCCACCAACACAGGCCGGAGAGCGCACAGUGAGGGGGCACAAUCCCAUCCCACCCACCCCCACCAACACAGGCCGGAGAGCGCACAGUGAGGGGGCACAGUCCCAUCCCACCCACCCACCCCCACCAACACAGGCCGGAGAGCGCACAGUGGGGGGGCACAGUCCCAUCCCACCCACCCCCACCAACACAGGCCGGAGAGCAUGCUGAGUGGACAUUACCUCCCUUUUACCAUUGGGCUGGUUUAUGACGCAGUCUCGUGUUUAUACUGGCUGUGCUGGUGUGUGUUAUUGAAUAUUACUAACCCUGCACUGGGCACGGCUCUGUCGCUGUACAACGCUGGGCUACGGGUCGGCUAUUCUUUAAGUCUCUCCGUUAAAAUCCUGGAACCUGUUCUGUACCCCCUUCUGUGCCUGCACUCUCGUGUGGCAUUACCUUGGUGUCAUUUUUCAAUGAUGGCAUUUGUAUACUCUGCCAAUAUUGUGUUCGUGGUAUUGAGUUGAUUUGUUAAGAGACAACGUUGGCACUGUACAAGA